CUGUUGCCCGCGUCGUGGAUUCCGUGAAACUUUGAAUUCAGAGAAAACUCCCUUGAAAAGCCUCCCAGCACCAAGCUGAUUCUCGUCCUACACUUCUUCCCCCCGUGUUCUGUCCCUCACAGCCUCGUGUGUUGCGUGCCGUGGUCGAGCCGAAAAUAAGCACUGUACUGUCGAGAGCGACGCGGGUACCGUAUUGCCAGUGAAUGAAUUCUCAGGAGAAAACCUUACGCGAACACCGAUCACAGAUCAUUCCGUCCCGGUCGUCAUCCUCAAUCCAAACACCUCGCCCAUCCUCACCUUCUCACACUUAGAUCCCCUCCAGCAUUUCUCCCUAUCCUGGCUGAUUCACAACCACACACAACCCUCAUACACUACGAUGUCUGAGGUUCAAUCACGACCUGCCGCGCCUCGCGGUAGAGGCUCAGCUCGUGGAGGUCGAGGAGGUUUCUCAUCCAGAGGAGGACGCGGCGGUCGAUCUUCUCACGCAAUUAAUGGCGACAAGCCUGAUCCUAUAGCUACAUCAAUUGAAGAGGAUGGAGAGGUCGCCCAGCUGAAGAAGCAAUAUGGUAGCAAAGUCACUACCAUCAAGGAGAUGUUCCCCGACUGGACAGACGAAGAUGUUGUUUUUGCCUUGCAGGAAACCGAUGGUGAUCUGGAGACAACAGUCGAUCGCAUAACAAAUGGUUCGAUCUCACAAUGGGGCGAGGUUUCGAAGGCCAAAAAGGAUCGAUCCAGAUCUAAGGCGAAGGACGCAACCACUACAACCUUUGGAGACUCAACCAAUCAAGGAAAAGUCGCACGUGGUGGUCGAUCUGGCUUAGAAGGAGGCAGAGGACGUGGUCGCGGCACUGAACGAGGCAGAGGUGGACGAGGCCGUGGAGCAUCGACCGCACAUACUAAUGGCUCACGCAAGGAAAAUACUGAACCUUCUGUGCCUACUGUCGAAUCGAAUGCAUGGGGAACCACCGCCACUGAUGAUGCGCCAGCCUGGGAGACGGCUAAGCCAUCUGGAAACGACAGCUGGGGUGCUUCUGCGACUGAAGCUACAUCUUCUACCGCGACAGUCGCCACUAAGCCUGCAUCGAGCAUUAUUCCGGACGGUGUCAAGAAGAGCUGGGCAAGCAUGUUUGCGACGCCUGCACCGGCACCAAAGAAAGCCCCAGAGCCAGUUGAGAAGCCCAUCGAACCUACAAAACCUGAAGAAGCCACUGAACCCCCCGCAAAAGAACCUGAGACUCCUGCCCCCGCGCCUGCACCUGUUGAAGUUACAGAGACAACCGCUGUCGCCGCCGAAACUACGCUUCAGGAAACCGAAGCUACGAUUGCUCCUUCAAAGGAUGAACUGACUGAAGAUAAUCUGGAUCAACUCCCUGAUACCUCUAAUCCACCCCCAACCGCCACUGCUGCCAGCACUGCUGCUAGCUCUUGGGAUGCUCGAACCGCUACUGGUAAUAAUACUUCAUACUCAGCUUUGCAAGGUCAACCUCAAGCGACCCGUCCUCAACCAACCAGCGGAUUCCAAGCUUCGGCUUUGAAGGCGACAGGACCGUCUAAUAGGACUCCAAGUUACCAACGUCGUGUGCUGGACCAGGAGGAGGCUGUCCGAAUGCCCGGAAACCGCGAGGUGGACCGAGCUGCUGUUCAAUUUGGCGCUUUCAACCUGAACGGAUCUGGGGAUGAGGAUGUCGACGGCGACCGUGAGGAGCCCGAGACUCGAGCUCAACCACCUCAGCAUUCGCCAGUCGCUCAUCCUCGGGCUGCUUUACCACCUGCCCCCCAACAGGCUGCUAUUCCUGAGAAUGCCCCAACGCCGAAGCAGACGGCUGGAUUGCCAACAGCUGCUGCUCCUGGCCUUCCGUCUCCCCAACCUCUCAUUGAUGCCCAGAACACCCAGCAAGGGCCCCAAGGUAAUGGCCAGUUCAGUGGAUAUGGUCGAUAUGGCCAACCCGGUGUUCAAGAGUCUUCAUUGCCUCCGAAACCAUAUGACACAUUCAGCCAGCAAGCCCCAGCGACUCAGAGCCCCUUCGAAGGUUAUCCAAACCAACAAUCACAGUCUCAGCCACAGCCACAGUCUGGGGCUUUCUCUUCCGCACCAAAUGAAUACUCUUCUUAUUAUACAGCAGACCCCCAACAACGUAAUGCGUACAGUUAUUACCAGCAACAGUAUGGACAGCAAGGCGCACAAGGCCAGGACUCGGCUCUCCAGCAGAGAUCAUACAGCGGGUACAAUGGUCCUCAAGCUGAGGUUGCUUCUCAAUUUCCCCAGAGCGCAGCCCAGCAAGCUCAAUCACGCUACGCUACAGCUGGAGACGGUCAAACGAGUGGCCACACAACUCCAAACCCAGUUGCUCAGACUCCAGGUGCUGGUCAGGGCGCUCAACCUCAACCAGGUCACCCCCAACAACCUCAAGCUGCAAACUACCCAUAUGGCCACCCUUACUACUCGAGCCCAUACUACGCCCAAUACCUCAACCAGUACCAGCAGUAUGGUGCGGGCAACUAUGCUGGAGGCCCGUACCCUGCUAAGGCCGGUCUCCAUGCCGGAGGUUAUCCGGGGUAUGCAAUGUCUCCUGGUGCCCCUUAUGAACAUGCUUCGUCUCCCGCAGCGGCUGGGUUUGGAGCAUCCUCGUUGCAUGGGCGUGACAGUGCGUUGGGUGGAGGUUUAGGAGAUUAUGGUCGUGCUGGAUCGGCCCAGUCAUCUCAAACCCCGCAGGGAUUAGGAAGCGGAGCGUUUGGAGGCCAUGAUGCAUUUGGUCCUGGAAGCGCGUACCAGGGACGGGCUUACGGUCAGCAAGGCAGUCAGCCCGGUGCGGGCGAUGACUUGAAGCCAUUUGGCGAUGCAAAGGGCGCCAACGGACCUAGCCCAUCGCUUUCGCAGCCCGGUCGGCCAGGAUCUGCCACAAACACUGCACCUGGUUCAGUCCUCCCUCCACCGCAAUCUCAACAAGGAGGUUACGGGGGAUACCCAGGUCAUCUUCAGCAAGCUCAUGGACUUCACGGUAGCCAAGCUGGUAGUCAAUAUGGACUUGGAGGCGCUGGAGGUCAUCAAGCAGCUGGGCAAGGCCACCAAAGCAGCCAAUAUGGAGGCUACCAGGCUUUCGGAGGCAACUUCUAUGGCAACAGCCAGCAACAACGCGGAGGAUGGGGCGGCAACUAUGGACAUUAAUUGGCCACAUCAAGUAGCUGCACGUCCUUGGUAGAUUGUCGCCCACCACGGAAACUUCUACUCAAAACUGUGUUACUACUAUUUUCGGAGGGUCUUUUUUGCGCUCAUUUCAUCAAAGGGAACGGGAAAAACGUCGAACUCGGACUGGUCACUAUCAUAAUUCUGCGUUGCUUUGCCCGUCAUUACAAGGCCGGCAACCCUGUCUGUACUUUUCUUCGCAGCCCCCCACUCUGUUUUCAAUUAGUUUCUGAACCUGUUUCUUCAUCUCUCAUCUCUCACAUAGAAACCAAGCAAGCCAUCACAGACAUUGCGAAUACCUUUUUUUCCAAAGCACUCGCGCAAAAGAAAAGCAUCAUGGUUGUUCUUAUCUGUCUGUGAGGGGCGGGAUGGGUCAUCGAGCGUACUUCAGUUUUGGUGUGUCUUUUUCUUUUUUUUUUUUU